AUGGCUGCUCGAGCUUCAGCUACUAGCAAUGUGCGCUCUUUGAUCAUCAUGAAGGACAACACCGCCAAAGUGCUUUACAACACAGCGGAUGACUAUGGACUUCACAGUCUGGGUUGCGGCCAGGGACCAGCGCUUUACCAGUAAAUGCGAACUUUAGUAGACUAUCCCUUUGUGAACGUCUACAAUGCUGUAGAGCAUCACUGCAAGGUGCCAGCAUUUGCUCAACAACAUGUGGUGGAUUUCAUUCCAUGGAGUUGUCACAAGUAUCUCUGUUAGACGCGUUGACAAAUACACACCGCGCGGCCCCACGUGACCGACGCGAGCGCCGCGGUACCCGAACCCCUUUUCGCACGCCCGAACCCAUCUUCACACACCCACAGCGCCCCCCUUUUCCUUCCCCUCUUCCUGGUCGCAAUUAUUGUCUUUACUCAGCUAUCCUAGGAUUCGCCCCGCUUCUGUGCCAUAGUCACCGAAGCAUCCGAACCUUCUAGCAAUAGUAUAGCAUACUUGCCUGAUCACCCAAAGUACCUGAGCCUCUUGAACCCCGUUCCCGGGCUUCCCGAGGCCUCACCCGAAGUUCCCGGACUACACGAGCGUAGCCCCGACCAACCCGACCAGUGCCGUUGUCGGUCGUGACAAUCUCCUCUUUUAUUUCGUUGUGUGCUUGCGCAUUGUUUUGCAUGGGGUGAGUGUGGGUGUGAGAAAUGCGUUGUUGCAACGCUGGCUGACAAGAUGCCUUUGCUAUCAGACUGGAGCAACAAGCAAUGGUGAUUAGACUUACAUCUCAUCAAGUCAAGUUCUUGCUGCUUGACCGUGCAAAUCAGAUCCACCACAAUAUUGCAGCGGUCACCAGAGCAGACAUCUUGACGAGAGUUCUCUUGGGCAAGCUGCCAAUCACAGCCUUGACAAUGCUUGCAGACAAAGGGCACGCCAUCAACAUGAGAUACUGGCGCCAGCUCAAGUGGCUGAAGCCCAGCAAGUGGAUUGACAGCUGCGGCAGCGUCCACAACUUCAUGCUGCAGGUCAGUGGUACCAGCAAUGGCCGCAGGGGUAGCUUGGCUACCUUUUUCUUUGUGGUUGUACUGGAUGAAGGAGCUCUGAAGUACUGCCUGCUAUACAACAAGGACUUUGCUUGCCUGAUCUAUUUAUCAAUGGCAGUCUUUUGA